AGCUCAGUCCCUUGUAAGCAGAUCCUGGCUUGUAUUGGUUUGUUGGUUUGGGGACCUGUCUGCAGGAUUUGAGCUGUGAACACCAGGGUUACAUGAAAACUGCAGACCAGGCUCUGCUGUUUCCAGUGUGGGAGCUGCCGACUGCCUCGGGCAGGACAGGCCUGUGACGCAGGAGUCGGGCACACUGUGGCCAGAGCUGGAGGUCCAGAGCUGAGGGUACAGCCUGGGGCCAGCCAUUAGAGCAGCGUGUGACAUCAGCCAGGUCCAUCACACCCGGUGGGUGGGAGCACAGCUCAAGACGGACGCCUGUCCAUCACGCCCAAAUGGAGGUGGCACAUCCCAUGUCCUGGCUAGAAGGGCAGCUGGCCAGUCCCCAGGGAAGGCCCUGCCAGGUGUUGGUGCCAGUCCAUGGGACACCUCUGGCAUGUCCCCAGCGGGAGGGUGGCCCUCACUGUUCCUCCUGGACUGGGUCUCAGCUGGGGCUGUCCUGGCCUUCUGCCCUGGGGGAGGGACCCUGGCCACCUCUCCUUCAGCCCCCAGUCUGCAGAAGGGAAGGGGCUGGGGCAAGUCAGGGGCGGAAUACCACGGGGACCCCGGGCACCCCCUCGCCAGGAGUCCCUGGCAACAGGGUGGAGGUGGUCCCUUCCAGCUGUGAGGUCACAGAACCCCCACAACAGCCAGCAGGAAGCCAGCCAGAGACUGGGAGAUGAAUUUUGACCAGAAGGCAGUGAAAUUCCUGGCAAAUUUCUACAUCAAUGGAGGCAGACACUGGACCCGUGGGCCCUUGAGCCAGCAGCUGUCUCAAUCCCCCCAGCCCGGGGCUGCCCUGCUGUGGCUGGGGGCAGCUUGGGAGGAGGCAUGGCCGUUGCCCAGGCAUGAUGUCCCAGCUGGUCUGGACGUCCCCACAGAGUGCACACCGGCCAACAUGGGGGCCCUGAAGGAGCUGUUGCUGGAGCGACGCCCCCCGCUCGUCACUGACCUGGAAGUCCCCGGGCCUGCCAAGUACGAGGUACCUGAUGUGUUUGUGCGGGAGAGCUCCCCGCACCCGUGCUACAGCUUGGGACAGAAGCAUCCCGGCCCAGAGGGCGGCGGCCGCAGGGCCUGGCAGACCGAGUGGCUGAGCAGCGAGAGCCCCUUCACGCAGAAGGUGGACUUCAACCGGGAGAAGAAGUGGCCGUCGCCCGCUGACUACCGGCCGCUGAGCGGGCCCGCGGCCCGUGCCUGCAGCCCCUGGGCGCAUCGGCCCGUGUCCAGGGCACCCGAGGGCCAGGCCCGAGCAGCGCCCUCAGGGCCCCAGCCCCUCAUCCAGGCCUUGGCGCGGGCUCGCGGAGAGAAGCGCCCAGGCCCCUGCACCUACGACGUCCUGCCUGGGGAUCGCCUGCGAAGCCCGCGCUCGCCGGCCUUCUCCAUGCGCAACGCGCGCGCCUCGGCGCCGGGAGGCAGCCCCGCCGGCGUCCCGGGCCCCGGGGCCUACCGCGCGGAGCUCUGCCUCGACUCGCGCUGCCGCCCUGCGCCCGGCGGGCUCAUCCAGGGCGCGCGCAGACCCAAGCGCCACGACACCGGCCCAUUCUGCGCGCUCUAGGGCGCCGGGGGCUGCCGAGGCCCUCUGUCCACGGCCCCCACUGACCAGGCCCGCUCUUCCCAUUACAGACG